CCGCGUGACUACGAUCUCAGGCCGGCACAACCCAGUGCAAAUAAGUUCUUGGACAUCUUGAUGCACGUCCAGUUCCUCGUUUCCAAUCAUAUCGAGUUGGCAUUGGCUUCGUUCGAUCGUCAGGCCCUGAACGAAUUCACUGUCGAGACCAAUCGCGAGCAUUCGGCCUCGUCCGAGUGUAUUUUGGUCUCGCCGAAGUGCAAACCGGUGGAACAAAGUCACACAUCAGACAGUUUGACAGUGAAACCAGUCGCUUUACGCCUUCGACGACAGUCGCAGCCGAGCAAAAACGAGACCAUAUCAUUCCAGAGUAUCGCAUCUUCAGCUCGCUGCCCGUUCUCUGGUUAUCUGUUCAUCAUCAGCAUUGUUUUCAAUCUGGCCCACAAUCCAGAACAUCCACCAAUCAGCAUAUACACAAAGAAUUCCUCUUAA